GUUCUUUUCCGGUUCCCCCUCCCACUUGGCCAGUCGAGUCGGAAGAUUUCAGCUCAGUCUAAUUCUUUUCUAAGAUUCCGUUUGGUUUUAUCCACCAAGAAGACAAGAAGAUAAAAACGAUGACAGACAAGAGCAGCCUGUACACAGUGGUUGAAUUCACAGAAGAGGAAAACCGUACAAGUUGUCCCCAACAUUCUGGUUUUAGAGCGAGAGCAGAAAAUCAGUCUAAGUUUGGGUUCUCAUACUGGCCAUCUGGUCAUGGUGUCACUAAGCGAGUAAGGAAGUUGGAGAUGCCAGACACUGGAAGCACUGGAAGAAACAUCCGUUUCAGGUGUUUUCAGAAGCAGACCAGUACAAGAAAGCCAUCGCUUACUCGAAGGUAGCAGAAGACAUCUAAUGUGGAGACAGAUGAGGAUUCGGAACACAGAAAGAGGAAACCAAAUCCAAAGUACAGCUCCGAUGCUGAGGAACUUGCAGCUGAGGGUGAUGAUGAAAAUGAAGACACUGAGACACCACAUGCUGAACAGUCUGAAGAUCCAAUUCCAGUCCUUCCCCUGGCAGCUCCAGGCCACCUGCAGCUGUCAGCCCUGGGCCAUCUGGAACUGCUAGCUCCAGGUUUUCCACUGUCAGCUCCAAGUCUUCCGCUGCCAGCUCCAGGUCUUCCACUGCCAGCUCCAGGCCCCCUGCAAUGGGAAAUGCCAGCUCCAAGUCUUCCACUGCCAGCUCCAGGCCUCCUGCGACAGGAAGUGCCAGCUCCAGGUCCUCCACUGGCAGCUCCAGGUCCUCCACUGCCAUCUCCAGGUCUCCUUCGACGGGAACUGCCAGCUCCAGGCCCCCUGUGACGGGAACUGCCAGCUCCAAGUCGUCCACUGCCAGCUCCAGGCCCCCUGUGACUGGACGUGCCAGCUCCAGGUCCUCCACUGGCAGCUCCAGGUCCUCCAAUGGCAGCUCCAGGCCCCCUGCGACUGUCAGCCCUGGGCCAUCUGGAACUGCCAACUCCAGGUUUUCCACUGUCAGUUCCAGGUUUUCCACUGUCAGUUCCAGGUUUUCCACUGCCAGCUACAGGUCUUCCACUGCCAGCUACAGGUCUUCCACUGCCAGCUACAGGUCUUCCACUGCCAGCUCCAGGCCCCCUGUGACGGGAACUGCCAGCUCCAAGUCUUCCACUGCCAGCUCCAGGCCCCCUGUGACUGGAAGUGCCAGCUCCAGGUCCUCCACUGGCAGCUCCAGGUCCUCCAAUGGCAGCUCCAGGCCCCCUGCGACUGUCAGCCCUGGGCCAUCUGGAACUGCCAGCUCCAGGUCUUUCCCUGCCAGCUCCAGGCCAGCUCCAGCUGCCAGCCCGAUGCCAUCUUCACAGGAUGGUACGCAGGAAAGACUCGACAGACUGGAGUCAAAGGUGAACAGACUGGAGUCAAAGGUGGGCCACAUACUUCAGCUGCUGUUGAAGAAUCAGGCUGCUGAAGAAGCUGACUGCAUUGGAGACCUAAUGCCAGCCAGAUUUAAAACAACGGAGGAGCUGGACGAAUUCAACAAAAGGCUGGAGGACCAGGAGUUUAGGAGGACAGUGAGAGAAGAUGGAAAUCUUACCAGACGCUAUUGAUGAUGUGUUAACUGAAGCACUGCGCCAUGCAGCAAAGAGGGCAAAGAAGGAGAUGAAAAAGUUGGUACUGCUGUCGAUACUGACUCAGAAGCUGGGUGGAUGAAGCUGGCGACCAUGUGGGAUGCCGACGCUAUGGACAGCGGUGCCAUAACUGAUGAUGCCAUGGAUUAUUUUGAUGAUGACACGAUUAGUCAUGGGUCUGAUGAUAACUGAUCCAUUUUUGAGAACUUGAGACAUGUUGGUUUCGCUUUCAUUACUAUUGUAUAAUACUUCGAAAAUAAUAAACUUGCAAUGUACAGACUCA